UUACCAAUUGUUCUUUUCUUAAUCGGGGAUAUCUCCAUUAGGACUUGUUCUACAGGUUUGAAUUCCAGCUACUAUAUCUAUCUGUCCCAUAACGAGUCAACUACUUCCUCCCUCAUUCAAUUCAAAACACUUUCGUUUCCGAGAACAAAAACCUAGAAAUAAUAAAGAUCUAAGAUGUCUGAGAAGAAGAAGAUGAGAAGUGAAGCGAGCAGCAGCAGCAGUAACAGUAAUAGCAAUAGCAGCGGUGAUUCAGUGGUUGUUGAUGUUGGUCGGCGUAAAAGCUCAUGUGGUUACUGUAAAUUUGGUGGACGCACUAGCAUCUCUCACGGAUUAUGGGCACGCAGUCUGACAGUUGAGGACUAUCAAGCCCUUCUAGAUAGAGGAUGGAGAAGAUCCGGCUGUUUCUUAUACAAACCUGAGAUGGAAAAGACAUGCUGUCCAUCUUACACCAUCCGUCUCAAAUCAAGUGAUUUUGUUCCUUCCAAGGAACAACGUCGAGUACUGAAACGAAUGCAGAGGUUUCUGGAUGGCACAUUAGAUAAAAGUUCAGAUGACUUAAUGGAUGCAACAGAUUCUUCAGGCGAUUCACAAACCACUACCUCCGGUCAAAGACGAAGCUUUGCAGCAACGAAGUCCUUGACAGGUAACCUUGAAGAAAAGUACAAAACUGAAUCGUUGAUCCCCCAUAUGGAAAGUCAGAUAGAUAAAGCAGUACAUGUGUGCAUCGGAAGUGGGGAUCUUUCUUCUGAUUUUCAGUUUCCAAGAGCCUCUGUAAAAAGGGUUGCACCUGCGAAAAGAAAGUUAUCCACUGAAGGGUCAGAGGAUCUGUUAUUUACCAGCAGCAUCUCAUUCCAGAUUGCAGCUACUUUAAGGCGACAAAGAAAAGAUGUUGAGCAUGAAAAAUCAUCAGAAUUGGGGGCUGGGGAAAGGGGGCAAGCUGCUGAUACCCCAAAAGUGAUUGCUGAAAAACUAGGUAGCCAUAUAAACAGUCUAGCAGAAUCAUUGGGCUUAUUAGUUAGAGCUUGCAAUGGACAUAUAAACUUCUACUCUUCCGAAAGACGAGUUGACAAAGAUGCCGUAGUCAGAAACCAGAAUGAUUCUAAGCAAUCUUCAUCAAGAAGCUGUAGUAAAGAGAGCUUCUCAUCAACAGCACACGAAAACCCCGAGCUCAAAAGGAGGACAUUUGAGGUUCGUCUUAAAAGGGCUAGUUUUGAUCCGGAAGAAUAUUCCUUGUAUAGGAGGUACCAGAUUAGUGUGCACAAUGAUUCUCCUGAUGAAGUCGCUGAGAGCUCAUACAGGAGAUUUUUGGUUGAUACACCCUUAAUAUUUGUUCCACCGUCAUCGGGGAACCUUACGGUUUCCCCUUGUGGCUUUGGUUCUUUCCAUCAGCAGUAUCUGAUUGAUGGACGGCUAGUUGCAGUUGGUGUCAUAGAUAUUCUCCCCAAGUGUUUGUCAAGUAAAUAUUUAUUCUGGGAUCCAGAUUUUGCCUUCUUAUCAUUGGGUAAGUAUUCAGCCCUACAAGAAAUAAGGUGGGUUACACAGAAUCAAGUACAUUGUCCAAGUCUCCAGUACUAUUAUCUGGGUUACUACAUUCACUCCUGCAGCAAAAUGCGAUACAAAGCAGCAUACCGGCCUUCUGAGCUUCUCUGCCCGUUGCGUUAUCAGUGGGUUCCAUUUGAUGUUGCCAAGCCACUGCUUGACAGGAAACGGUACAUAGUUUUAUCUGAUUUUGCUGCACAAAAUGGAGAGCCUCUUCCGCUGAGUACCCUUGAAAAUUAUGAGGAGCAAACGGAUGAACAGAACUUUCACGGAUCAAAUGAUAUUUUUGUUGGUGAGGAUGAGGAAAUGGAUGAAUUUAAUUAUGAAGAUUCAGAUGAUGAAUUGGUCGCUGAGAGCAGUGACAUCAAACUGCCCAAAGUAGAAGAUAGAGAUGUUGGUAGCAUUUUGAUUGGGUUGAAGGAAGUUCGUCUGAGAUACAAAGAUUUGAGGCAAGCUUUUGGUUCCAGUGAAAGGCGGUACAUGGAGACACAACUGCAGAGAUAUAUGAGGGCUGUUGGUGCGGAGCUCUCUGAACGAAUGGUUUAUUCAUUAAGCUGACUCUGCAAUGAGUCCAAAAAGUUGUUCUUGUUGGGAAUAUCAUGUCCUCGAGUUGACGGUAGAGCUAGGCAGCCUGGGAAAGCCGCCAGAAGUUUGUUCUUCAACAGUGUAUUCGUUGGUGUGUUUGGGGAUGCAAACUAGAGGAGAAUUACUUUUAACUGUUAAAUUAGGCUGCAUUGUGCAUUUACCAAUUACCAUAACAUAGGGACUUGCAGUUGGUACAUUGCUGCUCUGCUUGUCGAUGUGGUACAAACAAGGAUCAGAUUGGGGUGGAGCUACUCAAUAUGGUAGUUGCUUGAAAAUCUUCCAAGGAUCAUGUGGCUUUCUUUUCCUCUCGUCCAUGUAUAAAAUAAAAGCAGCACCUUCUUCAUCUAGCAUCCUUGCAUUGCAAAUAAUUUUAAUAGUAGGUUCAUGAAAUUGUUUGACAAAAAACUCCUGGGUGAUUGACCAGUUGGUAGGUUGAACAAAGAAUAUCUUUUCAGCUAUGGACACAAUGGUUUACGCCUUUAUCCAGUUUUGAUUUCAGAUAUAAAA